GUCAGCUGAUCACACAACAACAACAACAACAACAUCAGACUAACACGCAUCCACCACCAAAUUUUCCCACUUGGAGGAACCUUCAUUUUAAAAAGGCCACAACUGGUAAUUUAUUAAGGAGGUGACAGAGCACUGACACCCAGAGAGAGACAUUUUAUCUGGAAGAUUGUUUAAUUAUCUUAUCUGAGGUGACAGAGGUGAGGGUCAGCCAUGGACACCGAGACUGCCUUACUCUGGGGCUUCCUCAUACUCAUCUUGCUGGUUGUGGCUACCAUUAUUGGUCUCCUGGUUCAUUCUGGUCUAUUUAUUCCUGUGGAUGUCAAAACUUGCAAGCCCAACAUUGGUGAGGUUUAUAUUGCCUACAAAUUUGCCCGUGGUCCAUACAAGGAAUCUGGAACAUUAUUUACUCAAGUCCAUACCCUUCUUCCUGAGUAUCGUACCAUUGGAGUGUACUAUGAUGAUCCUAAAAUGAGACAGUCACAUAAACUUCGCUACAUUGUGGGUGUCAUCCUCUCGGAAAAUGGCAGCCCCGUGACACCAGAACACCGGAAGUUGUUGGAAGAGAAUGGUUAUGAGUUUGCUACUUUCCCAGCCAUUGAUCAUGCAGUCCAGACAACCUUCCCAUUCAACAGUACAAUUUCCAUCAUUGUGGCUGUUAUGAAGGUGUAUCCUGCUCUUCGUGAAUAUGUUGAGCUGCGUAGUUUAUGUGCUCAUCCAUUCCUCGAGGUGUACGAUAAUCAGAGGUCUGAGAUCAUCUUUAUAGGUCCCCUUGCUCGCCAGGAUGACUUCUACGUACCAGAAGUUCAGCAGGAGGAGGAGGAGGAGGAGGAUCGACAGGAUGAAUAUGAUGACCGCACAGAAAAUUCCAGUCGUUCCUGGGAUGAGUCAGCUUCCUUCGUGAGAGGUGGUGAGCUGAAUGAUUCUGAGUGUACUGAGAGUGUAGGUGAUGACAGCUCCAGUUACCCACCACCACCACCACCACCACCACCUCCACCACCAGCUCUUCCUCUUGAGUCAUCCACACACACCUCACCUCCUAGCCUUUCUCAAACAGGCGAGCCUGCUGAAAUUCCUUCAACUGUGGUUACUGGUGUUGAUACAGCAGACGCUGCUGAAGCUCCAGAUGUUGCUGACACUGGAUCUAUUGGUGGAGAGGAGAGUGAUGCAAAUACUGGCUCAUCAUUUGAGGAAAUUGAUGAAAAAGAGGCUGCAGCCUUCCCAGUGACAAACACCACAAGUAAUAGGCAAGAUGGCAAUUUGAAGAAGGAUGAAGAUGAAGGAGAACGAUAAGUAUCUAGGUGCAAAAACUGAAGAAACAUGCAAGUUAACACAAAUGAAACUUUGGAGGUAAUCUUAUGCAAGUUAUUGUGGAUAUAAUUAGUCAAGAAGGCCUUAGAUAUAAUACAAAUGGCUAAUCCAGGAAUUAAAAUAGUCUUGCACCAUGGUAAGUUUGUAACUUUGCACUAGUUUUCAGGUACCAGGAAUAUAGAUGCACUUGUAAUGUGUAUAUCAGUCCUAAGUUAUACUGUACUAUUACAUGCAAUACUUAGUAUCCAAACAUACUGACAGACUAAAAUACUAUUAGUACUAAUGUAGAGUUUAACAUGAAGAUCAGGGCCAUGUACUAGACCAGUGUUAGUCAGUUUGCCAGAUGAACCGCUAGUUGAUAAGGUUUGCCCUGCUCACACCUCCUUUGGGGGCCACAACCCACUGUUUCAGAAAUACUGUACUGUAGUUUCACAUCAUAAAUUCUACCAGUUGUUACCUUCUGUACAUAGCACACAGUGUGGAAUCAGUGGGUUAUUUUGAUUCAGUAUACUUUGUAGCAAUAACAAAAAUUACAAAUACUGUAUAAGCAUUUCAGAUAAACUGUACAGAUGUAGACAAGUUAAUCAUAUUUUCAUGACUACGACUGAAAAUAAAAAAUGCAUUAUCUUCUAAGAUUUAUGCUUAUUUAAACAGAAUUUUGAGUGUGGCAGGUCUAUUGAAGUUUGUACCGAAAUUAAAAACUUAUUUGAUUUCCCAGUGCAUUAGUUUUAUGUUCUUUUAUAUUAUCAGAAUGAGGGAAGCCAAAGGCAUGCAUGUUGGUUAGGAUACUUAUAAAUAGCUGCCUUUCCAGCUUCUGAGGCACUAUUUAUUUUAUUAUCAGGUAACUGAAUUGUAAUUUCACACUACUUCAUUAAUUAAGUAAAUUUUAAGAAUGUCUCUUUGUGUUAAGAAUUAUUCCCUACCUUUUAGAUAUUCUGUAAAACAAUUUAAAGAUGAUUACCUCAGACUUCCGCUGUGUGACCCUGGGAGGCCAAGUUGGAAUUGAUGUAUUGGUACAAGGAGACUGUAAUCUCUUGUUUGAUUAGAAAUAUUGUUUUUAAAUUGAGCAGAUUUGUUUUUAACACAUCGGCUGUUUCCUACUGAGGCAGUGGGGCCCAAAAAAGAAGAAACACUUUCAUUAUCACUCACUCCAUCACUGUCUUGCUAGAGAAGUGCUGAUACUGCAGUCAAAAACUGCAGCAUAUCUCCACCUCUCCUUCAGAGUGAAGGUACUGGUGUUUGAUAAAUUAGACACAUGUGCAACUCUUGGGUAUCUUUAUUAAGGAAACGUUUCGCCACACAGUGGCUUCAUCAGUCCAUACACAGGAGAAACUUGAAGAACAGGAGGAGAAUGAGGUAAUCAGUCCCUCAACCUUGAGUUGAUGUGGUCAGUCCAUCAAUUUAUUCAAGAUUGAUGGACUGACCACAUCGACUCAAGGUUGAGGAACUGAUUUCUUCAUUCUCCUGUUCUUCAAGUUUCUCCUGUGUAUGGACUGAUGAAGCCACUGUGUGGCGACACGUUUCCUUAAUAAAGAUACCCAAGAGUUGCACAUGUGUCUAAUUUAUCAACGUGUCGGUUCUGUGAACCAUUCAUCUACAGUACUGGUGUUUGAUAUUCAUACUCUUGAAUUCACUAGUGUAAUAAAUAGCAGUACUGCCUCCAUGUCUGGUCUGCAGUUGUAGAUAGCUGUAUAUCCAUUAAUGUUGAAUAUAUUAGUGGAGUCAUGUGUUAAUAGAAUUCUUCCUCCAUAAGCCAUGCAUGUUGUAAGGGGUAAUUAAAAUGCCAGGAGUAUAAAUUACUAAAAUUAGAAAGAAAACUUCAUUUUUUUUUUUUUUUUUUUUAGGUCUCCCUGCCUCAGCGGGAUACAGCUGAUGGAUUAAAAAAAAAAUGUGAUAAUCAGGUCUCUCUUAAUAUAAUAAGAGAGAAUUUGUUAAUAAGUGAUUCAAGCAAUGCUAUCGUGUUUGUUUAGACUUAGUGGUAUAAUUAAAAAUACUUAAAGAAUUGCUUUUACUAAGGACACUUUCAGCAUUGUUCAUUGUAUAGUACUUAAAAAGUUUGGUCAGUAAGCUGUUGGUUUUUGUAUGUAUUAUUUAGGAGAUUCAAGUCAGGGUCAGUAUUUGUAUGCACAAAUAAAAAGGGUAAUAUUUAAGGCUUAAUAUUACAAGUACACCAUAGUUUGAAAAUGUCAGUAGUGAGUACAAAAAUAAAAAAAUUCUAUAAUUAGAGAUGCAAUUUCUAAACUGGUUUAACACUAGUAAUAAUGGUUACACUUUUAUUGAUUGAAAAUAGUGAUACACUUGUAAUUUCCUGUGUGGUAUGUAUUUUUUGGGGUCUUUUCUGCUCGACAGAUGCCUCCUCUGUUUUUGCUCAUGGGUGGUACAAUUCCAACUAAUCUACUGGGUUGUAUAGCAGAAAAUUGCAUUUUGACUGCUGAAAGGCGCAUUUCUGCGUCAGGGACUACAGGUGGCCUUGUCAGCAGUGUGUACACUAGCAUGUACACUCACUAUUAUUCACCCAAAAUGGUCAGAGAAUCCCACUUAUGGGUGUACACUAGUAUGAUCAGAGAGGCCUGCAUAUGGGUGUACACUAGUAUGAUCAGAGAGGCCUGCAUAUGGGUGUACACUAGUAUGAUCAGAGAGGCCUGCAUAUGGGUGUACACUAGUAUGAUCAGAGAGGCCUGCAUAUGGGUGUACACUGGUAUAAGUACUGACAGCCCUGUGUUAAAACCACCACCUUCCCCAGUUGCAAUAUUCCAGCUAAUCAGGCAUGGAUGGCUCAACAGGUGCUUGUGAACUGCAAUAGUAGCAAAGUAACAACCAACAAGCAGAUAUAAAUGAGCUCAAAGUAUACUAAAGCUUGGAGAAGCAAGGUGGAAAGCAAGAAUAGGUGAGAUAUACUGUAUUUUCAACUUGGCCCCCCAUUGUUCCUGAUGCAUAAGUAAAUCUUGGAGUGUAUAAUGGAGUUUUGUAUAAUUAGUAUUAAAAUGUUUCUUACUCAAAAAAGUAUAUAUUUUUUAGUAAUAUUGAGAUAAAUAUGUCAAAUUGUCUUAGGUUUAAAUUGAAAGAUAAGUAUUAAGAGAAUUUAGGAAAGCAUUGGCAUCAAUUAUUAAUAAAAAUCAGUGUUUUCCUAUAAUGUGUUUGUGUGUGUUUUCUUUACAAGGCAGUAGAGCAAUUUUGUUAUUCAGCACUUUAACAAUAAUAUUACUAACAAUCACAUUUACACUAACAUUACCAACUUGCAGUUGUCAUGACCAAAUCACUGUCAUAUUACAGAAACCAUAAUCUCAAAGCAAGUAAGACUAUUUGUAGUUAACAUUUCACAUUCCGCAGUCCUUAUCCAUAAUUUGUUCCAUUUUAUUGGUCAUAAGUGUCAGCAAAUUUAGGUGAAAGGGGAAAUAACCUCACCAUUUAUGCCAAAAGAGGUGCUGAACUCUGAGUCAGACAUAUAACCUGUGGGAAGUCUGGCAACCCUCCCAAAGAAGCCCUUAACCCUAGCCACAUAUCACACCACUUCAUUAAGGUAAACCAGUGCUGAUUUUUCUUGUGGUACAUACAAAUAUUUUAAUAAACUUUUGAGCAAUUAUUUUAUGUAAAAGCAUGUCUAAGGCAGAUGUAAAAUAUAUAAUUUGUUUAAAAAAAGUUAAAGGCUAUGUUAAAUGUGUUAUAUUAUUAUUUUCACAAGGAAAUGCUAUACUGAUGAGAUUUAUACAGCCCCUGUAUGUUAAUGUAUAAAUAGGCAACACUAACAGCUAAAUAAUAAAACUUUUUAGUUAUAUACAGGUCGACAAUCACUAAUCCGGCAAUCAGUUAUCCGGUUCCAUCAAUAAUCUGGCACUAAGUUUGGUUAGCAUAAUUUCAAAUUUCAUCAUUGUACUGACUCAGAUAUUGUGCAGAUGGUUGUAAAUCCACAGCAACAAGCCAGUGGAGGAGAAAGCAGUAAUGAAAAUGAGGAAAAUGUAGCAGAAAGAGUCUCUGUUGAUUGGUUAAUUAAGUGUAUUCUAACCUAACCACUCUGUAAUCUGGCAAACUCACUAAUCCAGCACACUACAGGUCCCAACGAUGCUGGAUUAGUGAUGGCCGACCUGUACUGUGUGAUUAAUGCAGACACUUAAUUUUCUGCAGAUUUAUGUAGUGCUGUACAUAGUAAGGUUUUGUGUGUGGGGGCAGGGAAUGCACUUUGUAUCAUUUACAAAUAGGUAAUCAUACCCAAUAACACGAAUCCUUAAAUAUUUGAAGAUUUAUUGUGUGGGGUAAACUGUGUUCAGAUAUUUGUUUUUUGACAAAGUCUGUUGUUAUAUUCACAAGGAAGUGGUAAGCUUGUAGGGAUCUUGUAGCACCUGUGGAAUGGGAGGUAAUCAGGUUUGAUUCAAGGAAAGCAAAAGUGAUUCCAGUUUUUGUGAUCAAGAGCACUUCUUUCAACAACCAGCCGUAUCCCACCGAGGUGGGGUGGCCCAAAAGGAAAAACAAAAGUUUCUCCUUUUAAAUUUAGUAAUAUAUACAGGAGAAGGGGAUAUCAAGAGCACCUCACCUGUUUUUAUUAUUUGGGGACUACACCUAGUAGUCUUCAUGUAUUAUAAGACCUGAAACUUUAUCAAAAAGGCAUUUUAUUUAUUUAUUAAAUAGUGCUAAAUCCAUGGGGGGGGGGUCAUACAACAUUGACAUUUUGGAGGAAAUGCCCUUACCAUUUAAAUCAAAGGAAAUGCUAGGUUCUUCAUCCAUGGACUGUACCUGGGAGACAGUGGUCUCCAAAAUACAAUUUACAGAGGUUCCCCAUCACUUAAAAAUGAUCCAGUUUCAAGGGAUCACAAAAGAAGAAACUUCAGAGCUUUUAUGUUUUUGCCAAAUUUCCUAUGUAUGCUUUUUAUUAAUCAUUACGUAAACCCAUUAAGGGGGUUGGGGGUCUUGAUACUAGUAAAGGUUGCUUGAUCCAAAGAAUUGAAGCUAUCCUUCCCUUCCUCAGAUCAAAUAUGAUUAUUUCCCAUUACUCAGGCAGUGUGAUACCACUAUGGAUAUAAUAAUAGUAUUUUUAUUCACAGACACCAUUGUGGUAAUAAAUGUUUUCUCUUUUUAAUACCAAGUAGAAUUAAUACUGGUAGUAAAUCACUAAUUACAUUCAGCCCUCUUAUACAGCUCCUCUAAAUGGUGAAUUUUUUUGUAAAUACAGUUAAAAAAGUAUAUCCAAAAUUUAAUAGCUCAUAAUAAGGUCUUCACAGUAUGUACUGUUCAAUUUUGGAUGUACCUUUUCAGUUUUACAUAUAUGGAAAAAACUACACUGUAUCAAAUAGCAUUAUAAGAGGGUUGACUAUACUAUACUGGUCUGACACAUUCUAGCACCGUGGGAAGUCAAGUGUUUUCACUCAGUGGCUCAUGUACAAAAAUGAAGUGAUAGCCUUUUUGUUUUUUACAAAUGAAGUACUGUAGCAACAAGUUGUUAAGAGAAUUGCUCACUUGUCCAAGGAUCAUGGUUAUUAUUUCCAUGGUUAAACUCCAUUUGUAAUGCUAGACUUUCAUGCAAAGGUUUUGUCUUGACUAUCUAACACUGAUAAAUACUAAAUGUCAAUAAACUGAUAAUUAUUGUUUUGAAUCAAGUUUAAAGAAAAUUACAUAUGUUAUAUUUUCUGUUAUAUAUGAAUAUAUGUUCCUUUAGAAUAUGUAUUCAUGUUUGAACAAAUUCUGAGUACAUAUACAUACUGUAUUUACAUAUAAUUAUCAUUGUGUGUGCAUGUAUAUAUAUACAUAAGGGCAUGUGUAUGUAUUCAUGCACACAUACACUAAGCAUUUAAAUGUGUAUGAAUAUUUGCAUUUAAAAAUGCAUAUACACAAUAAUAAAUACUGUAUAUGCAUUAAAUUCAAGAGAAUUACGUAUACAAUUUAGUCAUAUUAUUAUUUUUUUAUAUAGGUUAAUCAUGCAUUGUCAGAUUUCCAUCUGUUAGCAGUAACCUACCAUACCUUGGUACUAUUAUAACUUUUGUUAAAACUGGCCAUUUCUCACCAAGUUAGGGAUGACCCAGUGUAAAAACACGUUCAAUAUUAUGUGUUUAAUAGUCUGGGCAGAAGUGCAUAGACUUUAAUUGAAAUGAUCCUCUGAACUCCAACAUUAUACAGUAUUAAUCUUUUGGCGAGAUCCCUCUUAUGUCUGUCCAAGGGGAAGCUGUAUUCUGAAUUUGAGAACAAGUGGAAUCUGUUAAGAUUCAGUAUACACUAAUAUUUUUCUUGUAAAUAUUAUAUUUAUGGGAAAUUACUAAACCUGUAAGCAAGGGUCAUGCAGUGCCAGAGAAAUGGGAGGCAGUUAGCUUUGAUCUGAGGAAGGAAAGGGUGCUCAGCCCGUAUGGGUCAUAUAGUGCCUAGGGAAAUGGGAGGUAAACAGAUUUGAUCCAAGGAAAGGUAGGAGAGGUAAAAUUAUUUGAAUCAAGAAUCCUUUACCAGUGCCGUGUGUGUGUUUAACAUGUACUGUAGUGACCCUAUAUACUCCUUUCUGCUUGCUUUUUUCAGAUCCUGUACCUGGUAUUUAUCAUCUUUCUCACUAUAACAGUAAGUCUCCACAUUGGAUUUCAUCUAUCUUACAUGAAGUGUAUGGCUCACACCUGGUCAAAAAUUUUUACGCUUUACCUGAGUGAAGUUUCAGAUGUUCUGUGUGAUUAUAAACUUGGCUAAUGGAUUUUUACAGCAGCUGGCCCCAAGGAUCAUUUUCCACACCCAACAUAACGGGUUACAUGUAGUGCAGGGUUAAUACUGCUGCUCAAGUGGAUAACAUAGUAAAAAUUACAAUCUACAGACAAGGAUGUUAUUGUUCUCAGACAUAUUCACCUUAAUACAUGCUAUGGAAUGGUCAUCCUUUCUCGUUCAAUUGUUCAUCAGCAAACAGUAUUUAACAGGAGCUUCAGCAGCUACCUAUUCUCAAAAUAGAUACUUUUUCCGUCCUGCUUGAAAACAUCUUAGAUAAACAAGCAAUGUUGCCAGGCUAACAUUUGACAGCUGUGAGCUCUCCUCUACUGUAUAUUUAGCAGAUAACUGCUGAACAGUAAUAGAACUAACUGUCUUUGUAUACAUUUUUUUUAACACAUCAGCUGUUUCCCACCAAGGCAGGGUGACCCAAAAAGAAAAAAAUAACUUUCAUCAUCAUUUAACACUUUCACCAUCACUCACACAUAAUCACUGUCUUUUCAGAGGCGCUCAGAUACAACAGCUUAGACAUCCCUUCAAAUUGCCAAAUCCCAAACCUCUCCUUUAAAGUGCAGACAUUGUACUUCCCAUUUCCAGGACUCAGGUCUGGCUGACAGGUUUCCCUGAAUCCCUUUACAAAAUAUUACCCUGUUCACACUCCAACAGCUUGUCAGGUCCCAAAAACCAUUCGUCUCCAUUCACUCCUAUCCAGCACACUCACUAACACUUGCUGGAAGUCCAACCCCUAUAUAAUUUAUUAUGUUCUAUUAAUCUUAGGAUUUUAGCUUAUCUGAAAUGCUCUGUGCAAAACCAGGGGCUUUCCACAUGUUUAAAUGUCGUCCAAUUUUGUAAAAGCUAUGUAUCAUGUGGAAAUAAAUUUAUUUUUUAUAACAGUACUGACAGUUUGGAUACCCAACUAAAUAUUGCCAGUCGGACAUCUGAAUUGUGUGGAGGUUCAUCCUGCCUAUUUUUGUUCAUACUCCAUUUUCCUUGAGAAUUGCAAGAUCUGCCUCCUAAAACAGAAGAAGAGCAUGUCAUAUGGCCAGGCUUUAAAUCAUCUUUGCAGACCUGGUCCUUUGCAUAGGAUUUCCUAUAUCGAGAUAUGUGACUUCCAUCUGAUACAUACACCUCUCCUCUAUCUUGUAUGUAACAAAUUUGAAGGGCUCUCUGAAACUCUUACCAGUAUUUGAUUCCGUGCAGACCUCACAAUCUGUUCUUACUCUUCGGGUGAUAAUGGUGGAGGUUCACUCAAGGCCACCUUCAUGUCUUAUCCCAGGUUCAGUCUUUUGGCCUGUGAGGAUAACUUCCACUUUUUCUCAAGGCCUUCAUGACAGAUCAAUACUUUUUGUCAGGUUCAGUAACAGCUUUUCACCCAACUUGGUUUAAGCAGAAGGCCUUCUACAAUGGUGUUUUCUUGGCAUAACCCUGUUUCCAAUAGCUAUUAAUGGUUUAGCCUCAGCAUUACCUCAGGGAAUUUGGUCCUCUUCAUAUAUGGAUGAUUUUACCAUUGCAUGUGCUAGCAGAAAUAUUCAGCAGGUAUCCACUUCCUUAGUGCAAUUCCGUCCAGCUGGGUUACAUCACUCUGCUUCAGGUUCUCAGUAUCUAAAACAAGCUGUCACAACACUCGGUGCCCUCUCAUUCCCAUUUCGUACUUUUUUUGUAUGAUUUCCCUAUCCCAGUCUGCCAGUUGGUUAAAUUUCUUUGCCUUCAUUUUGAUAAGAAGAUAUCAUGUAAAUUACAUCUGACCGCCAUAAAUGUUGUAUGUCUUGGCAAACUGAAUUUCCUUUAAAAUAAUUCACAUUUUACCUGGGGCACCAUAGAAAAGUUCUUAAGUCUUCAUAUAUUCUUGACUAUCAGAACUAUUAUGGGGAUGAGGUGUGGUCAUCUGCUUCAGCAACUAUUCUUUCCAAACUAGAUGUCCAUCAUCAAAGACCGAGUUUCACUGUGCUUUUUGUUCGUCUGUAUUCACAAGCCUAUAUGUACAAUCUAACAUUUCUUUAUUACAAAACUGUCAAGAUACUCUUGUCUUUUUUUCUUAUUUCACGCUCUAUAUGAUCCUAUGACCCACAGACUAUUCACAGACUUCAGUAAAGCACGUGCCUCCAGUCAUGGCCUUUAUUAUGUUCACAUAAUCUCUGCCUACAGACUGUGUAGCUGCUUCACUCAGUCAGUUCCCCUCUUCUGUUCAUCCUGUUCAUUUCUUUUCCAUGCUACUUUGGGAGGUACAGAUGAUCCUAGCAUGUCCCUCACUCCCUUUCCAUAGUUGCUUACAUCUUUGUACAUACCAUCCCUCUUCCUUGAACAUUUUUAAUUGCACUCAAAUGCUUGUGCUGUGUAGUGAUAGCUCUUAAUACUUUGAUGGUAUAGGAUAACAAAAAAGGCACAAUACCGUGACUGGAACGAUACACAAAUAACCCGCACAUUGAAGAGAGGAGCUUACGAAGACGUUUCGGUCCGACUUGGACCAUUUACAAAGUCACAGCGUGACUUUGUAAUUGGUCCAAAUCGGACCGAAACGUCGUCGUAAGCUCCUCUCUUCUAUGUGUGGGUUAUUUGUGUAUGGUAUAGGAUACAUAGCCUUUUUCAGAUAGUGGGAUACAGGGACACUCACCAGAUUUGGCUAGUAUUUUCUCAGCAGAGUUGUACACACUUGCAGCCAUUAUCCACAGUGCAUCUCUUCCCAUUUCAUUCUUUGUCCUACUUUGACACUCAAAGUGCAUUACAAGCUCUUCAUAGGUUUGACUCAGGUCAUUCCAUUGUCCCUCCAUAUUAAACACUUGUAAUGUGAACUCUUUAGAAAGAGUAAAGACAUCAGUCCCUAGUCAUUCUGGUGUUGAGGCAGUGAACUUAAAUACCUCUGCAUAUUCUGCUGUUUCUCUUGCAGAGAACUGCCCAUUUUGGACGUUCAGUUUUGUCUCUGAGCAUUCGGGAUUGAAUGACAACAUUGUUGGUCCGUCUUGGAGAAUGAGGUAUUAUUGAUCAACCUUUCACCACUGUCUGUGUUUAGAAAACUGAUCUUAUGCAGCUGUGCAUUGGUCAUUCAAGACUCACACUUAGCUAUCAUGUGGAGAGGCAGUCAGUGCCUCUGAAACCCAUACGAUUUUUUUCAUUGUGAAACAUUUUGAUUGUAUAAUUUCUCAAAGAACACGUAUAAUUCAUUUCCAGUCUUUUGUGUUCAGUGUCUGGGUACCCCUCACUUUGCCUGCUUUCCUUUUGGAAUGCCCAAACUUAAGACACCAACUUUUUGAUUGAAUCCAGCUUAUGCCAAUUUUGACUUUCAUUAACUAUUAGGUUGACCCUUCACACAUUUUUCCCUUGCUGAUAACUUCCCUCAGCCUUGCUUCAUUUUGAUCUGUAUGGGUUUGGCACAUCAUUGUGAAGAUAAUAGGAAUCUCCCUUGUCCUAGGUACUGCAUGAUCAUUGAUUAUUAUUAUUAUAAUCAAAAAGAAGCGCUAAGCCACAAGGGCUAUACAGCGCUGCGCAUGAUCAUUGAAGGUUACAGUUUCCCCCCAUGAAUAUAAUAAAGGCAUCCCUUUAACAGGAGUCCAUAGAGUAAAAUUUAAUUUGGUAGUAUGCACCUUCAAUACACAAUUAUAUUUUAAAAUGUUUCAUUUGUGUGUUUAAUUCCAUAAUGUAAAUUAUAUUUUUUGUGUGAUUUCACGAUUAUGUAAAAAUGUUCAUAUUGAUGUAAUAAAUAUGUCUGUUUUUGGGAGGAAUUCAGACAUCUAUUACUUCUGUCAUAAGUGUUAAUUUCUUUAUAACAUUAUAUGUACAAUAUAAUCUUUUUAGGGUAACCCUCAUACAGUGCAUGAGGUGAAUAUUCUAUUUUCCUGAUUAUGCUGUGAAUAUAUGAAAUAGUUUUUAGUGUCAUUGAUCCGUUAUUUUUAAUUUUUCUUAACAUUGUGAACAUUCUCUUAAACUUUUCAAUAUAUUCAUUGUAUUUUUUAAUAAGUAUUCACUUUUUUUUUUUAUCACUACUACAGGUACAUGUAUUCAUUUAUCCAACUUGCUCACCCAAAUGAAGCACGUAUUUUAAUCUGGGUGUUAACCUAGAUAGAUACAUCUAUGUUGUACUCCCAUGUUAAAAAGUAAAGUAAAAUAUAUUUUAAAAUGAUAAUUUUAAAAACCAUAUUUGCUGGCAUUAUUAUUAUUAUUUUUUGAUGUAUUCUUAUAAUAUUAAAAAAAAAUACUUGGUGUAUUGAAUGCUGGAGUUGGUAAUUUACAUUAUCCAGAGUGCUUUGCCAGUAUAUUCCUUAUGCUUCUUUUAAACUGUGGUGCACACAAUUGUAUGUAGUAAUUAAAAUUAUACUUAA